UUAAAGCCCGCGAUGAUUAGCGUGGCCGGACCUCUUCCUCCUCGUCUCGCGUACUCACCAGCGUCAAACCUGACGGUGGAAGGAAACCUCUCCUCGCCGACUACCGACGGCCUCCGUGUCUCCUCCAGCCGGAGCACGUAGCUACGCUAGCCAUCUUUUCUCUCCUGCUUCGUCUCUCUCCUCCUCGCCCAAUCUGCCGGAACAUGGCGUUGAGCGGAGGAGAUCCGUCCGGAUUCGUCGAUUGCACAAUUCUGCUGCAAUCAGAAAUUGUAGUCGAUAAUAACCCCUCCAAGAGUGUAAAUACCAAAGAGCAGAUUAUUUCUAUUACAGCUGAGAAAACAAGUGUUACUGAUGCGCGUGGCUCUACCUCCUUAAAGUCACCAAAAGGUGCACAGGAGAAGGCUAAUUUUUUGGGAAAAGGUGGAGAACAGCCUUAUGUCUACCAGACCAAUGUGUAUGCACCACAGCCACAGACAGUCUAUUCUGGAGGAUACAUCAAUCCUUCAGGGCAAUGGGAAGAGUAUCCCUAUUAUGUGAGUAUGGAAGGACUCCAUUCUGCGUCACCUUCAAUCAUGCUAUCUCCUGGGUAUGCGAACAACCCCCAAAUGAUGUAUGGAGCUUAUUCUCCUGUUGCAACUGUUGAAGAGGGCCAGUCCUAUUCCCCUAUGCACUUCCCCUUCUCAUGUCCUUACUAUCAGCCACCGGCUUCUCUUAGUAUGGGAUACUCAAAUUCUAGUACUGGAAUGUCUCAAGGAGACCCUAUGCUUCAGCAAGAGUACUUUCUUCCUGAUGGUCUUCUCUAUUCACCCACAACUGUGUACCACCAACCAUUUGAGUCAUACAACAGAGCGGCAACACAACCAAACAAUGCUCCGGGAUUAUUUGGGCAAGGGAAUGCACCAUUGGUUUCUGGAAUGCAGCAUGGAUCAAUGUAUAAUUCUGGAUCCUACAAGGCACGCCAACAAGCUAGUAAAUAUGGAGGCAUUACUCCUAAUUGGGGUUCUGCUGGUCGUAGAUUUAAUAAUUUCGACUACAACUCCAGUCAACAAAGGGGGAGCAUGCCAUUCAAUAUCCAGAAUGGUGCGCUGGAGUUUCUGAAUGAGCAAAACCGUGGCCCACGUGCUGCAAAACCAAAGAAACAAGACAGAGAGAAUUCUUUAGUAGAUGACAAAAGCGAGAAAACCACUCAACUUAUUGACAGUGAACUGUACAAUUGUCCUGAUUUUGCCACGGAGUACAAGGAUGCGAUUUUUUUUGUAAUUAAAUCAUACACGGAGGACCAUGUACAUCGGAGCAUUAAGUACAAUGUUUGGGCCAGCACAGCUAGUGGCAAUAGAAAGCUGGAUUCAGCUUAUCGUGCGGCCAAACAGAAAGAAGACCAUUGCCGUGUUUUCUUGUUCUUCUCGGUUAAUGGCAGUGGUCAGUUCUGUGGUGUUGCUGAGAUGAUUGGACCUGUUGACUUUGACAGAAGUGUUGAUUAUUGGCAGCAAGACAAGUGGAGUGGCCAGUUUCCUGUGAAGUGGCACAUUAUUAAGGAUGUCCCAAACACCCUACUCCGGCACAUCACACUUGAGAAUAAUGACAACAAACCUGUAACAAAUAGCAGGGACACCCAGGAGGUCAAGCUAGAGUAUGGUCUCCAGAUGCUAAGCAUAUUCAAGAAUCAUGAGGCCGAGACAAGCAUUGUGGAGGACUUCUACUUCUAUGAGCAACGGGAGAAAGCCUUGAAGGAAAAUAGACGUCAGCAGCAGCCUGGCAGCGCAGAGUCCCUGAAGCCAACAGACGCUAAGGCUGUAGGGAAUUCUGUUACUCAUAUCGCGGACUCAUUUUCUCGGAGUGUCCAGCUGAAAGAAAUUGAGAAAAGUGAUAACAAACGUGAUGGUGCCAUCUCAAUGAAUGAUGCACAGACAGCUACCAUCAAGGCCGAAGAAAGCAACGCAAACAAAACUAAAGGUCCUGUGGAGGAGAGCAGUUGAUUUAUCUUCUGCCAUUUACUAGUUUGGAGCAGCUAUGAUUUGAUGCUCGUCUGGAGUUGAGAAGGGAAAAAGAUGCCGAUUCGAGUUCAGGCGUGGGCUGCUGCUGCUUCAGUUGUGAACAUCAUAGUCCUUAUUUCGCCUCCACUUAGGUUAUUAUAGUUUCAAUAUCAUAGUUCCAAAAUUCUUGUUCGUGGAUCCUUGCUUCCGUGUUCUUUCUUGUUUUCUUCUCUUUAUUUUUUACUUGUGUUGUGUUGUGAAUGCUGUUCAGUUUUAGUGGCCUUCUCAUCUCCUUUUGGUUUACCCGUCUAUCAUAAAUGCUGUCGAGUUUUAGUGGUACCUGCAUCGUGUUGUGAAUGAUGUUCCCUUCUACUAGUGUUUUAGCCGUAAGAAGGGACGGAUUUAUGCAUCAAUAACAUUCCAUAAUCUACAGCUCUGUGAUAGUUUCAUC